UUACAGUUUGCCAAACAAUGCACUAAGAUUGACUUUGAUUUAAAAGAUAAAUAGAUACAGGCGUUGAAAGAAUUAGGUUUAAAUUAGCGCGAGGUUGAAAGUAGUUCCUUCCCAACAAUCAACAAUCAAAUAUGGCUGCCUCCGUAUUACGUCCGAGGUUAUUGUCGAGUGCGGAGACAUCCGAGUAGUUCCGAGUGUUAUCAUUGCGUUGGGUGAUGUUUAAUGUGUACACCACUUAACCAUCUUUGUGAUGUAGACUUACAAUUUUAGGGAAAGAAGUGGGAAUUUAGAUAAUGAGAUGGUGAAGUAAGACCAGUCAUUGUCAAAACCAUAAGCAUGAGGUGGGGUAGGACAGCCAUUCAAGUAGCUGCUGCUUUUGCAGUAGUGCUGGUGAUAAUAUACUUUAACCAACGGUUAACUUUAUCAUUAAGGCCACUAGGGGUGAAGAUCACACAUUUAACAGAUGUGUCAAGGGAAAAUACAAGAGAAGUUCAAGGGAGUCAAUCAUCAAACCUUGAUAAAGUUGCUGUGGUUGUAGCAAUGGACAAAGUUGAAACUGCAGAAAUAAUAAAACACAAGAGCCAGGCAGCUCUUAUGGCCAAUGUGCCUUUUUUCAAAACUCUUCUCCAUAGCUUCUGUCUAACAGCAUCUCUGGGGUUUGAGUACAAUUUUUACAUUGGGUUCCUCCACACGGAUGAAGAUUUCAAGAAAAGUGGUCAGAUGCUUAUAGAAUCAUUUGUGCAGACCAUGAACCAUUCCUGGUCGCAUUCUGUCAAGGCAACCUUGGUCUUUGCAGCAGUGCCGAAUUUUGAAAACAAAGCACUGGCUGUUAUUGACACCAUGAGGUUAGCAUUUAUGCAGAAUAAUAAUUAUUUUUAUCUAGUUGAUUCUAAGAUGAAAAUGGAAAGUAAAAGAUGGACGGAGAAUUUCACUGAGAUGCUUUCAAAAAGUCGCCCUGCUGCAAAUUUAGGGAUUGUGCUACCUUCAGUGGCCAGCAUUGAUGCAAAAUCUCCUAUUCCAUUUUCAUUCGUGCACAGAAGACAUUUUGACAUUUUUGGUCUUUUUUACUUAUUUGAAGCAAGAAAGUAUGGAGACUGGUGGUUGAAACAAGUGUAUGACAACAAGUAUUUUGUUAACCCAGAAGUCAAAGUUAGUUGUGAAAAGUCCACCAUCACUGUAGCAAUCCCAGCUGGUGCAGAACUAGAUGCCAUGAAUGCUGUUGUGAAAUCCAGUAAACAUCUCAUAGAUAGAUGGGUGGAGGGUGCCCAGGUAAAACCUAAUGCAAAUCGAGUUAUUUCAUUUUCACUUUAUGGAGACAGUCCACGCUAUGCCUUUGGUGCCAUUAGAAAUGCACAGUUAGCUCGUCUUUUUCUUCCCCAGUGGACUGCCAGAUUUUAUGUUGUGGGAAAGGGGACAAAAUAUCCUACUCCAGGUGAAGGCACUGUUCAACACUUAAAGAGACUUGGGGCUGAAAUUUUAACUCUAGAUGCAGGAACUGUAAACAAACUGGCACCCAUGCUAUGGAGGUUUUUACCAGGAGAUGAUUCAAGGCUUGAAGCUUACAUUGUUCGAGAUACAGAUAGCCGCCUCUCAGAACGUGAGGCCAAUCUCAUUCAAGAGUGGAUGACAGCAGAUACUGCAUUUCAUUGUAUUAGAGAUCACCCAAGUCAUGGGAACUAUGCAAUUUCAGGGGGGUUGUUUGGAGGAAAACCUAAAAAACUUAAGAAGUUACUGGACCACAGUUGGGGGGAGAUGAUGGCAGGGUAUGGUGCUGGCUAUAUUCAAGACAUGAAUUUUCUGAAUGCAGUUAUUUGGCCUAAGGUUAAAACGGACUCCCUAUGUCAUGACAGUGUUUCUUGCAUCAAAUAUCCCAAAACUGCUCCAAUAGUGGCACCUCGGGAUAAAUAUUUCCAUAUUGGCGCAGUUUUUAAUGAGUAUGAUCAGAUGCGUCAGGGGGAUGUUAAUAUCCUAAAAAAUGCUGGUGUGAAUAAAGCAUGUACCAAUUUAGAGAUGUUUAAGCAAAAACAAGGAUAAUUUUAUCUUUAAGAUGUACUGGUAUUAAAGAAAUAUUUAUAUUAUGAUUAUUUUAUGAUGUUUAAAGCAAUUUCUUUAAAGUUCUUGACUUUUUUAAUAAGCACUGCAUGUACAUGACAAAUAUAGUUAAAUAAUAAGAUAUGAUGAAAUUGGGAACUCCCAAUGAUUGUAUGGCUGCCAAAAUUUGUUAAUCCCCUCAUCAACUGUUUUAAUUAUGUGCCAUCCCUAUGCUUCUGUUUUUGUUAAACUUUCACCGUGUAUAUUUUCUUUGGAGCAGUGCUAAUAUCUUUUACUUUGUUCUCCAUACAUUAAUACAUUAUACAUGUAUAUAUCAUUUUUUGUCAUUAUUAGAAUGCAUAGGGUAAGUAAUCUGGUUUGUUCUGAAGUACAAAUCUCUCAAGUUGUCUCCUAUUAUUUUUUUUUGUCACGUUGGACUAUUUUUUAAAAUUAAAAUAAAUGAUUACAUUCCAUUAAAUAGCAUUAUAUAUUUGUUAAUAAUGUAUAUUGUUUUUAAAUAUGUAAAUUGUUAGUAUUUUAAUAGUAACAAAUGGCAGUGUGAUUAAAAUUAAUUUUGUUUGUAAAAACCGUCUUUCACCGGGGCAAUUUGAUUUUAAUCAAUUCUCAUGAAGUACUUAGAAAACUUACAGCUGUUUACAACAUGUGUCAAUGAGAUAGGGGUGUCAAAGAUAGAUACUAUGUUUUCUGUAGACAUCAAGAAGGUGGAUUAGUAGUUUUAUCAGGAAGGAAAGUCCAGGAUAUAAGAAUUGUGUCCCAAUUACAUAAAUUAAAUCAGCUAAUAUAUAAUCAUUUUUACUUUGACUGAGGUCAGUAUGUUAUUUUUUCAGAAGAUGGAAAAGGGAUAUCACUUUUUGAAGUCUGCAAAAAAAUAUAUUGAAAGCAAAGUUUUGUUUUUUUAAUCUAGAAUUGAUUAUUUUUCUUAAACAUUUUAGUUAUUUACUGUGAGUGUUUUUAUGUGAGAAUCCAUAUGUUUUUUUCUAGAAUACUCUUAAAUUUCAUUGUUGUUAAGCUCUGUAAUUUUUCAUUUAUCUAUUCGGAAUUCCUAAUAGAUUUCCUAAGUAAUUGUGUUAUGUAUAUGUUAAGUCUUCUGAACAUGUUAUAAUGGAUUUCAGAAUCAAAAUAAAUUUAUUAUUAUUAUUAUUUCUCAUUGAUUGCUUUGUGAUAUGAUUAAAAACCCAAAUGU